AAUAUUUUAAAGAGACAAUAUGUUAACGCAAUGUCACAGAGAUGAUGGUUCUUCUUAUCAUUGUAAACGAAGAGACAACUUUGACUAAUUAUGUGUGAUAGCGACUCAGGACUAUCUAUAAGCAUGAAUGGGAGUCAAAAUGAUUCACCUACUCAAGGUCUUGUUUUCAUUAGAGUCACUAUGCCAGACGAGACCAGUGAAACAUUUAGUUUCAGCCCAACAGAUUUAAUCGUGGAUGUCAAACUCACAGCUAUAAAAAGAUCGAGUUCUUGCUUAAAGGAUGAGUUGAACUAUGGUCUGUUUCUUCCUCCGUCUAAAGGAAAAGCUGGAAAGUUCUUGCAAGAAGACAGAAUGUUACUAGACUAUCCCUUCGAGGGUUCGGUUGGUCACUUAGAGUUGAAAUAUAAACAACGCGUCUAUCGUGUUUUGAGAACAAAUGUGAAUAAGCUCCGUAAAAUAAAUACCAAGGCAAAUUUUCGUCAGUUUAUUGAAUAUGUCAAGGUGGAUGAUGUAGAUAAAGUUAAUAAAUGGUUGAAUAAAGGACUGGACCCAAAUUUCCAAUGGAAACCAAACGGAGAAACUCCACUCACCAUGGCUGUACAAUUGGAAAAACCAUAUGAAAUGGUUAUGGCUUUAGUGGCUGGUGGAGCACACUUAGAUUAUCGGGCAUCAGAUAGUAUGACACCGAUCCAUCGUGCUUCAGAGAAAGGCAAUUAUGAAGCUAUCAAGGUACUUCUUGAUCUUGGUCAAUCACCGAAUACACGAGAUAAGGCAGAUUUAACACCAUUAUAUUAUGCUGUAUUGAACAACACAAUAUCUUUAUGUGUUGAACGAUUACUAUUUGAUCAUUCUCCUCUUGGAGUAGCAGAUGAAGCAGGACUUCAAGAAAUACAUCAGGCAUGUCGGUUUGGUCGUGUACAACAUUUGGAAAUUUUACUUGCCUACGGUGCUGAAAUUAAUGUACAAACAUCGAAGAACGGCAACACCCCACUUCAUAUAUGUGCAUACACCGGGCAAGAAUCCUGUGCUCGGAUGCUGUUAUUUCGAGGUGCUGAUAAAAAUAUAAAAAAUUUCAAUGGACACACGACUUAUGAACAAGCAAUGAUUUCUAAUCACAUAGAAAUAGCAGAUUUAAUUAAAGGUUUUCACGAACAAGAUGUUGUUCCAAUUCGUAAUUAUCUAAAGCGUAAUCUUCGUCGAAGAUCAUUUUCACGUAUACGAUCACAGCAAAGGUGUUCUAGUAUGGGGCGACUGAAUGACUUCUCAAAGCAAAAUGGAAUAACUGAAGUAGAUGGAUUACCUGAAUUUGAAAAAGAUCAUUGUAAUACACUUAAAGGGAACCACAUGAUAAGAAAUAACACAUGGAUGAAUACCAGCAUAAGUGGUUAUCAAUUAAAUUCUAUAUCUGAUUCCAUAGAUUUUAAUGAUAAUAAAAAUUACAUGGCAACGUCUGAUGAUCAGAAUAAUCAUUUAAACCAAUCUAGAUCUGCAUAUAAUCUCAACAAACUAUCGAAUGGUAUCAAUCAGAAGUGCCAUGAUCCUAAUGACAUAGUUUAUCCUAACUAUUCAGCUACCAUGAGACCAUCACAAAGUCGUCGUACAGGACGUUCAUCAACACCAGCAGCACCUCGUACAUCAAGUGAAUCCUUCAAAACAACUAAUUUACAGGACCGACACAGUACAUAUCGUCCAAGUUUAGAUCCAGCGUGGAUAUCUCAAACAAAUGAAAGUGGCUCAGAAACAGCAUCUAUCUUUAGCGUUAGUUCGUCUAUGCGGACUCCAUCCACGAAUAGUGUUAGGAAUGGAUCAGCAAUCUUGCAGUUGUUAUUGGCAAAUCGUGAUAGUAUUGCGGAUUUGGAUACCACCAACUUGCCUAGAAUGAUUGCACUUCAAAGAGGUCCGAAUGGUUUUGGAUUUGUUGUACGUGGUAAAAAAGGAAUAUCUGGAGAUUUUACACCAUGUCUUGAGUGUCCAGCAUCACAAUACCUUGAGAAAGUUGAACCCCAUAGUGCAGCAAGCAAGGCAGGUUUGAAAGCAGGUGAUUUUAUAUUGGAGGUAAAUAAUAUCAACGUUACUACAAUGUCACAUGAAGCUGUUGUCUCACUUAUUAGAGGUUCCAGUGAUAUUUUAGGUCUAAAAGUGAUAACUGUUGACUCGGAUCAAAUUAAUUCAACUCCCAAAUUAUCACAUCAGUCCGCAAAAAGUAACAAAUUUUACGAAUCUUCAGACAACAUUUACAGUUCAAAAACAAAAAAGUCCAAUUAUGAGGAUAAGUUUUCAAACAAACAUUGUGAAUCUGUAGAAAAUCAUUGGCCUAGGAACACUGAAAAUGCUUACAAAACCAUUUGUAGAGACUCAUUUUAUAGAAAUCAGAAUAAUUUCUCAAUACUAUUAGAAAACUCAACAAAUAAAUCUUCGUCCAAUGAUUUUAUCUGUGGAGAAAAACUAAAGUCUCUUCGACUAGAUCCCAGUCCAUCGGUAUCCUCAAUGGACGUACCUUCAUACAGAACACCAGCCCCCGCACCACCGUCUAGUAAACCAGUUCUAACAACUGGAACUUUAUCUAAAAGUGUAUUCCAAAAUGGACCAUAUAAAAAAGCAGAAUGUAAUCUGACUAUUAGCUUAAAGGUAAGUAUAUUAAUUGAGGAUUCGAUAGUUUUAUUAGUAUUGAUAAUUUUAUGCUCUACGACUAAAUGUAUCUUGCUCGCUGGUUUUUCAACUUUAGAAUCCUAAAAAUUUUGUAAGGUUCCGAUCGAUGUUCGUUUUAUGCGACAAUUCGAUUUAGUCAUACAUUUACUAAAUGCGUCGGAACUGGUGUAUUUAGUGUGCAGACUCAAACUUCUAAAUAUGUAAAAAAAAGCAGAGUCAGUGGAAUAUUUAUGUAAAACUCCAUUAAAGGAAAUAUCUUUACACAUUUGAGUAAUCUAAUAUUUAAAAAGUAAGGACACGAUGGCUUUGCUGAUAUGAGGAUUGUGUUCUUAUCAGACAACAAUAAAAAUAUAAUACAAAUUGCAGAAUCUGCUGAAAUCUCAUCAAUUUUUAGAGACCAGAAAUGUUGAAUAAUCAGUGAUUAAAAACAACUGGGAUAAUAAAUUUAAUAGAAAUUUGAAGUAAUAAUGUACUUAAAUGUAAAUUCAAUUGGAACUUACACCGAUUAAGAAUCGAAUGGAAACUAUAUAUCACUUAGGAACUAAUUUGUGGUUAUUUUAAAUACUCAUUGACCGCCACUCGUUUACGGGUUCUUAGUCUGUAGUUUCAGUGAACUCUAAAAUAUUUAUUUUCAUCAAACUACCUGUUUAUGUAAAAGUGAACUGCCCACCAGUGAUUGUUUCUUGAUGGUUUACAGAAAUAUCAAUAAUGAAUCCUGAAAUUUUGUGUGAACAGUUUCAGAAGUGUGAAAUUUAUUUUCAAAACAUAAGACGCAAACAAGCUGUAUGAAAAAACAGAAUUUUUGAAAACAUUUGUCAAUAAAUUCAGGAGUACAGAUAAUAAACUCUCUUCGAGAAUCCAGAUUUUGAGGUCUAAUCCCUACGUUGUAGGACAAAACUAGCAUUCAGUGUCCUCUAGUUUCUAGUGGUUUUUAAAGCGACGUCAGUUGAUCAAUUAAAAUUCCUUGAAGCUGGAUGAAAACCUGUACUGAGAUAAGACUGAAGACAAAUAGUGAAUAUCUGAAGGCUAUAAUUACUGCUUCGUAGGGCAAGAUUGCCCAAAAUAUUUUCUAUCAAAUGAAAACUGUCGAAAUAUUUUCUUGGCAUUCUGAUUUUAGAUGUAUAUUCAUCCUAAAGUCUUCUUACAUCUUGAGCCAUGUACUUUAUGUUGUGAUGUUGUUUGACAGACUUCAUCAUCAAUGAAAGGAUCGAUAAGUAAAAUCGUUAGAGGCUUUGAGUUGGUGCUUUAGUAAAUAGGUAGUCUUACGCCUAAAUUGAUCUCCUUGUCACUGUAGUCAUUUAUAUUGUGGUUAUCUGUUAUUUGUAAUUAAAAUUAAAUCAUUCAUUUUAGCUGUUUAUGAUUAGAACUUUGUUUAAUCUCUUCUAUUUAUAGCAGAUAUUUUAUCUUCUCAGUAUUAUUUAAUGUGAGUCCUAUGUUUUUUAGUCCAGGCCAACACUCUCAGAAAAAACUUUCGAUUCUGUAAAUAAACCUGAAAAUUCUUUAUCCUUUGAUCAUCCACCUCCUCCAACUCCACCUCCUAUAUCUUCUAGCAGCAUAAAUUUAAUACCAUCUCCACCGCCACUUAUGACAACUCCAAAUAAAACGUCUUCCAGUAUAAACUCUGAAUUGCCAACAGGUAUUCUGAAAAAGACAUCACAUGAUAAGUUUUCAGAAAGUAUUAAGCCGUCUAAAAAUUUAGAAGAUGCUCGGAACCAGGAUAUUUGGUCAGAUCAGCUCUUACUCCCUCCACCCCCGCCUCCAGAGGAAUUUGAAUUAAAUGUUACUGAACCGGCGACUCGGCACUCUAAUUGCCAACAGAAUUCUAAUGGCUAUGACAUUAAUAAUCAUGCUGCUUACAAAAGCUUUUCAUUAUCACAAACUGUUAAGAAAACAUCUUUUGAAGAUAACCUUAGAAGGGCAGUAGCUGAACGCCGUCGUCUGAUUGAAAUGGCUUCUGGAGAGGAUGACCAUGAUUCUGAAUCAAUACUUAAUAAAAGUUGUCAUAAUACAACGUAUACAGAGAAUAAUACCAGAACUUUAAAACAACAGGCAGAAAUUGUUUCAUCAAAUGAAAAGUCAUUUAAAACAGCUGCAGAAAAACUACAUUUUCAGACAUUAUCUGGUAUUUUACCAACGAACAAUACUAUUCCUCCACCGGAAAAUUUUAAAGAUUUCGAUAACUCCAUGAACAAAGUUCAUUGUAAUACGGAACUAAAUAAUGACAAAGUUCCAAUAGCAACUAAACCAAAGCUUCCAUUAAUACAACCAUCUUAUACUAAAAACGUAAACACAAUUCAAGGUUCAAGAACUAUUGAACAAAGUAAACUUAAUUCGGUAAACUCAUUGACCAAUAUCAGUUGUAACGGUGCUCAUAAAACUGAUUUGUUGCGAGAGAUCUCGACAUUUAAACAGAACACUGUUACGGAAACGAAAACGAGUUCUGGAAAAUCUAUUGGUCAUCCUAGAUCCACAACACCCUCAUCGCUUCAACCAUCACCUUAUUUUAUUUCUGAGGUUCCUAAAAUAAUGUGGUCUACUAAAUAAAAUCAUUUCAAGAAAGUACAGUAAUCUAUCUGUUGAUUAAAUUUCUUUCCUGUUACUAUGUUAAUGAAACAGAUUGUUAAUACAUGCUCAGAUUCUUAUUAUCGUACAAAACUAAGUACUUUUCAGAAAGUCUAUUGUUUUUUUUGACAAAUGAUAAAUUGGUCAAGUUGUAAAAAGAACAAAAACAGAAACCAAAUUUAGGCUUGUCAUAACAUAGAAAAUUGUUAACAAUAUCCAAUUAUUUAGUUUUCAUAGAGUGAAAAUGCCUAGUAUUCAUUUGUUCAUCCAAAUAGGCAUGUUCAUUGGGUUAACUAUUUUAGCGUUCAUUUCUUAUUUAACAAUUAUUCAUAUCUAUGAAAUGUUUUACUAAACAAUAAAUACCACAUACCACAUUAUUGAGAAGUGUGAAAUAAUCUCGACAAUUGUUCAUUCAUGUAGUUACUUAUCUUAAUUAAAACCACACAUUAAGCUGUACUGAUCUCUUGAAGUAAUGAUUAAUAUCAAAAAUAACGGAUUUUCAUUCGUUAAUGAUAAAUAAUAAUGUAUUUUUUUUCAAAUUCAAAUAAUUGUUUAUU